CUUGUUUAUAAAAAUCAGAUCUUACUAAACAAACUCAAAGAAUCUCAACUAUGAACAUUUUUCUUCUAGAAUCGAGUUUUAACAUCAUCAUCAGCAGGAUAUAAUUUUUUGUGUUUGAAUUUUAUCUGUAUUUUUUUUAGGAGUACAUAAGCAGCUUAAGAUUAAAAUAUAUAUUAAUGGAAGUAUGAAUGAAAAAAGAAAAGAAAGAUAAUCAGAUAAUAGAGAGAGAGAGAGAGAGAAGGAAGCAGACAUUUGUCUUCCACCAUAUUCUUCUCAUCUUUUCCGAUGAUAGAUUCUUCUUCUUCUUCUUCUUCUACUACUACUUCUGCUCCUCUUUCUUAAGUUUCUCCAUUUGAUAAUUCACUCAAGUCUCCAGCUCCUCUUCUUCUUCUCGUUGCUUUAUUCGCUCUCUUUCACUCAUCAUCAUCACACUCAAAGAUUUCUGUUGUAUUGGAGCAAGCUCUAGCGAAUUUUCGUACUCCCCUUGUAGAAUUUUAGUUUCCUGUUUUAGAUUUCGAGGAAUCUCGCUUUGGAAACUUUAAGCUCCUGUUCAAAGUUUCUACCUUUGUUUAUUUUGUUUUUGUUUUCUUCUCUCUUAUCUUUCGUCAUCUUUGAUUAAGUAACCACUUUGAUCUCUCAAUUUCAGCCUUUGGGUUGUCUAAUCUGACACGUUCCUCUGUCUUAGCUUUCCUUUUCUCUUCUCGUUUGUGGGAAGCCUACAAGGAUUAAUUAUUAAAUACCCAACCCCAAAAAAUUCUUCCUUUUUGAUUCUCUGAUUCGUCCCUUUUUGUACAUGGUUUCUGUUUGGUUGUUAGAGCUUCUUGCUGAGUUGAAUUGAGCUGGUUGCAAUCACUCUGUUUCUUGGGGGUUGAUCGUGUAUUCAAGUGGUGGAUGAGUCUGUUCCAUGUGCUAGGGUUUGGUGUCAAGAUUGGGCAUCUCUUCUGGAUGCUAUGCUGCUGGUUUGUUUCUUGGUUCGUUGAUAAUGGGAUCGAGGACAAGUCUGGUCUUUUAGUUGGCUCUGUCGGUGAUCUUGAGAAGACUAAGAUGACUACGUUGAAGAAGAAGAACAAGAUGUGGUUCUGGAAUAAGAUCUCUAGCAGCGGACUCAAGAUCCCGAGUUUCUCUUAUCAGUUUCUUGGCUCUGUUAAAUUCAACAAGGCGUGGUGGAGGAAGCUUGUGGUGGUUUGGGUUGUCUUCUGGGUCUUGGUCUCUAUUUGGACGUUUUGGUACUUUAGCUCGCAAGCUAUGGAGAAGAGGAAAGAGACGCUAGCUAGUAUGUGUGAUGAGAGAGCUCGUAUGCUGCAGGAUCAGUUCAACGUUAGCAUGAAUCAUGUUCAAGCCAUGUCUAUCUUGAUCUCAACCUUCCACCAUGGCAAGAUUCCUUCUGCUAUCGAUCAGAGAACAUUCUCAGAGUACACUGAUAGAACUUCCUUUGAGAGGCCUCUUACUAGCGGGGUAGCUUAUGCUAUGAGGGUGCUCCAUUCAGAGAGGGAAGAGUUCGAGAGGCAACAAGGUUGGACUAUUAGGAAGAUGUAUUCUCUUGAACAAAACCCAGUUCACAAGGAUGACUAUGACCUGGAAGCUUUGGAACCAUCCCCUGUCCAAGAAGAGUACGCUCCAGUCAUCUUUGCUCAGGACACUGUUUCUCACGUUGUUUCUCUCGAUAUGCUGUCUGGGAAAGAAGAUCGUGAAAACGUUUUGCGGGCCAGGAGUUCAGGUAAAGGGGUUUUGACAGCUCCUUUCCCAUUGAUAAAGACAAAUAGACUUGGGGUGAUCCUGACAUUUGCAGUGUACAAGAGAGAUCUCCCCUCCAAUGCAACGCCAAAAGAGAGAAUUGAGGCUACUAACGGGUAUCUCGGGGGAGUGUUUGACAUUGAGUCCCUGGUAGAAAACUUGCUUCAACAGCUGGCUAGCAAGCAAACGAUUCUUGUCAAUGUGUACGAUAUCACCAAUCACUCUCAACCGAUUAGCAUGUAUGGUACAAAUGUGUCGGCUGAUGGGUUGGAACGUGUUAGUCCACUAAUCUUUGGCGAUCCAUUGAGAAAGCAUGAGAUGCGUUGCAGAUUUAAGCAGAAACCACCAUGGCCAGUGCUAUCAAUGGUGACAUCAUUCGGUAUCCUUGUGAUUGCGUUACUUGUUGCACAUAUAAUCCACGCAACCGUUAGUCGAAUACACAAAGUUGAAGAAGAUUGUGAUAAAAUGAAGCAGCUCAAGAAAAAGGCUGAAGCAGCAGAUGUUGCAAAGUCACAGUUCCUUGCCACUGUUUCACAUGAAAUCAGAACUCCAAUGAAUGGUGUUCUAGGAAUGUUGCAUAUGCUUAUGGACACAGAGUUAGAUGUUACGCAACAGGAUUAUGUUAGGACCGCACAGGCAAGUGGAAAAGCUUUAGUCUCGCUAAUAAAUGAGGUUUUGGACCAAGCAAAGAUUGAAUCUGGAAAGCUUGAACUUGAGGAGGUGCGGUUUGAUUUGAGAGGAAUAUUAGAUGAUGUCCUGUCACUCUUCUCUAGCAAGUCCCAACAAAAGGGGGUGGAGUUGGCAGUAUACAUAUCUGAUCGUGUUCCAGAUAUGUUAAUUGGUGAUCCUGGGAGGUUUCGACAAAUACUCACAAAUCUUAUGGGUAAUUCCAUUAAGUUCACUGAGAAAGGACACAUCUUUGUAACUGUUCAUUUGGUGGAUGAGCUAUUUGAAUCUAUCGAUGGAGAGACAGCAUCAUCUCCGGAAAGUACACUGAGUGGGCUUCCAGUUGCAGACCGGCAGAGGAGCUGGGAAAACUUUAAAGCUUUCAGCUCCAACGGGCAUCGGAGCUUUGAACCAUCUCCCCCUGAUAUAAACCUAAUCGUCUCAGUUGAGGAUACUGGCGUAGGGAUCCCUGUAGAAGCGCAGUCCCGUAUUUUUACGCCUUUCAUGCAAGUCGGACCAUCCAUAUCCAGGACGCAUGGAGGCACAGGAAUUGGACUUAGCAUAAGCAAAUGUCUAGUUGGACUGAUGAAGGGAGAAAUUGGAUUCUCGAGUACUCCCAAGGUUGGGUCCACAUUCACAUUUACUGCUGUAUUUUCCAAUGGGAUGCAACCAGCUGAAAGAAAGAAUGACAACAACCAGCCCAUAUUCUCGGAAUUCCGGGGCAUGAAAGCUGUGGUUGUGGACCAUAGGCCUGCAAGGGCAAAAGUCUCGUGGUACCAUUUUCAGCGUCUUGGAAUUCGAGUCGAAGUAGUUCCACGUGUUGAACAGGCUCUACAUUAUCUGAAGAUUGGUACUACCACUGUGAAUAUGAUACUCAUAGAGCAAGAAAUAUGGAAUAGGGAAGCAGAUGAUUUCAUUAAAAAGCUACAGAAAGACCCUCUUUUCCUUUCUCCUAAGUUGAUUUUGUUAGCAAACUCAGUAGAAUCGUCAAUAUCAGAGGCUUUAUGCACCGGUAUAGAUCCUCCAAUAGUGAUAGUGAAACCAUUGAGGGCGAGUAUGCUAGCAGCAACUUUGCAGAGGGGAUUGGGUAUUGGAAUCAGAGAACCACCUCAACACAAGGGACCUCCUGCUUUGAUUCUCAGGAAUCUUCUCCUUGGUAGAAAAAUUUUAAUCGUGGAUGAUAACAACGUAAACCUCAGAGUGGCAGCGGGAGCUCUGAAAAAGUACGGAGCUGAUGUGGUCUGCGCUGAGAGUGGGAUAAAGGCAAUCUCAUUGCUUAAGCCACCUCACGAGUUUGAUGCUUGCUUCAUGGACAUUCAGAUGCCAGAAAUGGAUGGAUUUGAAGCUACAAGGAGAAUACGAGAUAUGGAAGAGGAGAUGAACAAGAGAAUAAAGAAUGGGGAGGCUUUGAUAGUAGAGAACGGUAACAAAACAAGCUGGCAUCUUCCGGUAUUAGCAAUGACGGCAGAUGUGAUCCAAGCAACGCAUGAGGAAUGUCUGAAGUGUGGAAUGGAUGGGUAUGUAUCAAAACCAUUUGAAGCAGAGCAGCUGUACAGGGAAGUUUCUCGCUUUUUCAAUUCGCCUUCAGAUACAGAAUCAUAAGAGGAGAUGGGGCUGGAAGAAGAACAGCGAAGGAAACACAAAAACUCGUGUCUCCUAUGCAUCUUGAAGUAGUAGAAAAACAGAUUGACGAUUGCAAAAAGAGUGUAUAUAGAAAGGCCGGUGUGACCAGGCCAAGAACUUAGGACCAGUACUUUCUCCUGUAAAUUUUUUUUCUACAUUUUUCUCUGGUCUGAUUGAGACAACAAAACUUGUGGUAUGUAGAUGAGAGUAGCAGCUGGAAUAUAUUCAGAGUUGCUUUGGACAGGGAAGAGAGCAUCAUAGUAUGUGUGUAAAAGUGUGUGUGCAUGAUUUAGGAUAUUUCUUCUUGUAUUAGAGAACAGUGCUGCAGUUUCUUUGUUAUCAUCAUGGUCCAAGAUAGGGAAGUGGACAUUACUACUUAUACAUACACUGGCUUUGUGAUAUAAAGUUGAAGAUAGCUUUUACUUUCUCUUCCCCUUCUUUACGUACAAUGCAUAUUGGAACCAAAACCAAAUGAUCGGACCGAAUCAAG